AUUGAGCAAACUGAGCUCGAGUUCGCUUUUUUAGCUCGUUUAGCAGCGCUCUAGGCCUUAUCCCUCAUCCCAUCGGCCAAACAUGGGUAAUAGACGUUCAAAUUGAAGCAUCACCAUCAAAAAUCUCAAAGCCAAACAUGCCCUUCGGGUUUAAGCGGUUCAGGGACCAGGACUCCAAAUACUAGAGAAAACCAGUAACUGCUAAAACCCUCCAAGAUAUCAUCAGACAGACAGAGGGAAGAAGAAGAAUAAGAUGAAUUUUCAAUCAGCUUGUUUUGGAAUUGGCACCCCAAAUGCCAAAUUACCUUCUGCCCAUCGUUCUCUCUCUCCUCGAACUGUACCUCGUUCGUUAUCAGUCUUGUUGGGUACAUCAAGAAGCCAUGUGGGGUUCAAGGAUCGGAGGCUUUGGGUCCAAAAUGCAUCCAAAAGUUUGAAGAGGACUAGUUACAAAGGAGUGAUUGUAUGUGCUGCGGAGUCUAAUUCGGAGGCAAAUUUGAAAUUCUCAGAGAAGGAGGAAGUGGAAAUGUGUGUAGAUGAAGUGGAACCUUUUUGCGGUAAAUCAGGUUCUGUAUCAUUUCAGGGUAGUACUCACCAGUUGGUUGAAGAAGGUAAAUGGGUGUCAUCUCCUUCCAAGGAAGGAACUGGCUCACUUCUCUGGGUGUUGGCUCCGGUUGCAUUGAUUUCGUCAAUUGUGCUUCCACAGUUACUCCUCAGCACUGUUAUUGAUGUCUUCAUUAAAGAUGAGAUUCUCUUAGAAAUCGUGGCUUCAUUCUGUUCUGAGGUCAGUUUCUAUAUUGGCCUAGCAAUCUUUCUACUUGUAGCGGACCAUGUUCAGAAGCCAUAUAUCCAAUUCAGCCCGAAGAGGUGGGGCCUCAUCACAGGUCUCAGAGGUUACAUGACUUCUGCCUUCCUCGCCAUGGGCUUGAAGGUCGUGGUGCCCCUCUUGGCUGUCUAUAUUACUUGGCCCGCACUCGGCUUGCCAGCUUUGGUUGCAGUAGCACCUUUUCUUGCUGGGUGUCUGGCCCAACUUGUGUUUGAGGCCCAUCUCAACAGACGGGGAUCGUCUUGUUGGCCUCUAGUCCCCAUAAUCUUUGAGGUCUACAGAAUAUAUCAGUUGACGAAAGCUGCUCAUUUCAUUGAGAGGUUGAUGUUUGCGAUGAAGGAUGUCAAAGCAACCCCGGGCGUGGUAGAAAGAGGCGGUGCCAUGGUUGCUAUGGUAGCAACUUUCCAAAUCCUGGGUUUCGUUUGCCUCUGGUCGCUGUUAACAUUUCUUCUUAGGUUAUUUCCUUCAAGACCAGUCGCGGAGAAUCACUGAUGCUUGUAUCUUUAUGCUGUAUAUAUUUCUGUUUCGAAAAUGCUUUUUUUUUUUGGUGCUUGUUCGAAACUCUCUCCUUGUCACAAUUCUGUUUGUUUUGGAAAGUAUCAGGGUGCAAAAGGAUUCCCCUCGCCA